GUAUAUCUAGCUAAAGCCUUUUGAAUAUAGGGGUGAACAGGGAAAGCAGGGAGAGAUAGGAGCCAUUUACCGCGGCAUCUAUUCCACUAGCCCCAAGUGUAUUGAACAAUGCAAUGACGACCAACGAUCUCACCGUAUGAUAGUGAUGGCCAGCAGCAAUCCCGUCGAUGGAGAUCGAAUCACCGUGUCCGAUGAAAUGCUGGUCAGCUGGAUGCGUGGAGCCAUGAUAGGACAGGGAUCUGCUAUAGACCGACAUGGCGUGCUUCCCCAGCUCCAUUUGAUCUUUCCGGUUCUGGCCAUAUCGUUUCUGAUGCCCACCCACGCCCGCAUCAUCCAGGGCUAUUUCCACGAUGGCAAGCUCCGGAUCCAGUUCACCAAGCUCUGCGACUUUGAACUCCCACAUAACAUGGAUUCCAUGAACAAGAUCCUCAGAAGGGCCGGUGCUGUUCCCCAAGGCGAUACUCUGGCAGACAAGCUUCUCGACAAGGGCAAGGGCAAGGCUGCUGCAAGAGGACAGUCCCCUGUCAAAAAGCAGGAGCAAGAUAGCAACGCUCCUAGAGUCAUGGCGGGAAAUGUCCCUCGGCAGCAGUCUUCCAAGUCUUCAUCGGCACAGCAACCCUUUCAACACGACUUACCUCGUCGUGGACCUCGCUAUGGCGGGGCGCCACCGCCUUCGGGUAAGGAGAAUUGAAGUUCGUGUUUUGGAUAUAUAUCGACGUUGGGGUUUAGGAUAUACAUUGGAUGAGAAGGAGAUAUUUGGAUAUGAUGAAUUUCGAUAGUCAUGAUACUCCUGUGUGGCUUGCCUGUGGAUAUGCUUUUGUAUUUAGUCGAAUCUAUUGCAGUUUUGUUG